AUGGGGUACAACAUUCUAGGGUUUGGCACUUGUACUCCUCAUGCUGCUCAAUGCAAUCAUUCUCGUUCUAAGUUUCACAUGCGCACUCCGCCCCUGCUCGAGUCGCGCCCCCCCUCGCUUCUCUUAACGGCCCCGUCGCGCCGCCCUUUAGGCCCCGGCGCCGCCUCUGCUGGCUCCGACGCCCUCCUCUUGCGACCCCGCGGCCUUACCUUCGCGACCCCGCGGCCCCACCCUCGCGUCGCCCUGCGCGGCGUCGUUACAGCCGCCCGCGACCCCGACGCCGCCCGUCGCGGCCCCGUCGCCCUUCGCGCCGCCCGCGACCUCGUCGCCGCGGCCGCCCGCGACCCUACCGCUGCGGCCGCCCGCGACCCUGGCGUUGCAGCCGCCUCCGACCCUGUCGCCACAGACGCCCGCGACCCUACCGUCGCUGCCGCCCGCGACCCUGUUGUCGCAGCCGCCCGCGACCUCGUCGCCGCAGCUGCCUGCGCUCCCGUCCUUUUCCUACUGAGCGACAGAGCAGACGGCCUCUCCCUCUUUGACCUCACUUCUGGUGCCUCUCCUGCCCCUGCUGCUGAUGCUGACCCCACUGUUCGCUCCCAGUGGGCCACGCGCGAUGCUGCUGCCCGCCUUGCUGUGCGCCGCCACUUGCCGACCGCUGAGCGUGCGCACUUUAGCCAGUACAAGAGUGCUAAGACCUUGUACGACGCUGUAGUUGCACGCUACUCUUCCCCUGCCACUGCUGCGCUUAGCCGCCUCAUCCUACCGUACCUCUUCCCUGACCUCGCCGCUUUUCCCACUGUCGCUGACCUCAUUACGCACCUUCGCACUAGUGACACUCGCUACCGCGCUGCGCUUCCUGCUGAGUUCUGCGCCAAGAACCCCCCCCCAUCGGCAGAGAAGAGCAUAGUCGCAGUAGGUGCCUCUCGUGGUGACCCUCGUACCCCUGUCUUUGAGGGGUGCUCCCCCUCUCCCCUCUUGCCCUCUGUUGCCUCUGCUGCUGCGGCCGACCUCGUUGGUCUUGAGUCGGUCGCUGCGGCGUCUGCCCCUAGCGGGAGACGCCGCUCUGGCAAGGGCAAGGGGGGCAAGGGUGCUGGAGGAGCUGGAGGGGGCGGUGGAGGCGGAGGUGGAGGUGGUGGAGGGGGUGGGGGUGGCGGUGGGGGUGGUGGCGGGGGUGGGGGCGUCGGUGGCGGGACUGGAGGUGGAGGUGGAGGCGGCGGUGGCGGUGGGAGCGGAGGUGGCGGAGGUGGCGGUACUGGAGGAGGUAGCGGCGGAGGCGGUGGAGCUGGUCGGGGUGGCGCUGCGCAGAGGGGUGGCUCCGGUGGUGGUGCGCGCCAGCAGCAGCAGCAGCAGCGUACCCGUGAGACCCCUUCCCCCCAGCAGCUUCGUGAGUGGUACGCUGCUCGUCAGCGGGGCGGGGGUGCUGGCCCCUGUACCUACGUUCUCCGUACCGGCGACCGGGCGGGUGAGCAGUGUGGGGGCGCGCACCCCACCCAGCGCUGCUUCGGUCGUCUGACGGACGCGUGGCGCCACCAGUUCCCCGACGCUACUGAGAUCCCUCGCUGGGGCGAGCUGUCUAGGGCGGGUGUUGCGAUCUAUGAUCUUGAUUUUGAUGCUAUUCUUGCUGCCAUGUAUGCUGUGACUAUUAGUGAUGAGGGUGACUGUUACCGGUGUUUUCCGCCUGACCCAGGCAUAGAGGCUGCUGCGCUAGGUACUUGUGAGGCUGCUGCUCUAGGUGCCAGUGCGUCUGCCGCCCCAGGUGCCGGUGAGUUUGCGCUCUCAGGUGCUGAGUCGUCACCGCACACCCACACCUUCACCCUUGACUCGGGUGCUUCCCGCUCCUUCUUUCGAGACUGCACCACUCUCACACCGCUCAGUCGGCCUGUUGCAGUCUCCCUGGCGGACCCCUCUGGGGGUCCUGUCCUUGCUCACUACUCCACUGUCCUACCGUGUCCGGCGGUCCCGUCUGGCUCCCUGUCGGGUCUCUACCUCCCCUCGUUCUCUACGAACUUGGUAGCGGGUGCUGACCUCCAGGAUGCAGGAGUUGACCAGUUCACCCCUGCGCGUCAGCGGGUGACCCACUGCACUUGUGCGGACACGGGCCGACACUUGGCCACGUUUGCUCGUCGGCCAGGGUCGAGCCUGUACACACUGACUACUGAGUCUCCUCCAGUCACUGAGUCUGCUCAGGUAGCAGCGUCGGGUCAGGUGUUUGCUGCGGCGUCCAGGUCUGGUCCUGAGUCUGCCCCCUGCUCGUGUCGUCUCCUGUCCCACCGGACUCUCCUCUGGCACCACCGCCUUGGUCACCCCUCCCUGCCUCGUCUUCGAGGCAUGGCUUCCCGUCUUCUUGUCUCCGGCCUCCCCCGGUCCCUCCCUCCUCUUCCUCCGGGGCCUGCCCCCACCUGCGUUCCCUGCGUUGAGGGGCGGCAGCGCGCUGCCCCUCACUCCUCCGAGUUUCCUCCGACCGAGGCUCCGCUGCAGACGCUUCACAUGGACGUGUGGGGCCCAGCCCGCGUCCGUGGGCAGGGUCAGGAGCGCUACUUCCUGCUGGUGGUUGACGACUACUCGCGUUACACCGCAGUCUUCCCCUUGCGCAGCAAGGGUGACGUCACUGAGAGGCGGAGAGUUCUCCUCUGA